AAGUCAGAGGCAAUUGAGUUGAUAAUAUUAUGAUUUUUCAUUUUCACGCACUAUCAACUAUCAAAUAUAUUUGCAGUGAGUGGGAAGACAAGAAUAUCUCGACGCUUUAACUCCUUCCGCGUUUUCAUUCUCGCCUCUUUCCAGCUUCAGAUCUAUUUCUCCGUCGGUUUUUUCAAGUAAAUGGCCUUGGUUACUACCGCUGAAGUGUGUGAUGCGAACCCGCAGUUAGUUUUGAGUGGGGAGCUUCGUGCCCUUCAGCCAAUUUUUCAGAUUUAUGGUCGUCGACAGGUAUUCUCUGGACCUAUAGUUACCUUGAAGGUGUUUGAAGACAAUGUUUUGGUUCGCGAGUUUCUUGAAGAGAAAGGCAACGGAAGAGUGCUAGUUGUUGAUGGAGGAGGGAGUUUACGCUGUGCCAUAUUGGGUGGCAAUCCUGUUGUACAAGCUCAAAACAAUGGAUGGGCCGGUAUUAUUGUCAAUGGAUGUAUAAGAGAUGUGGAUGAGAUCAAUGGUUGUGAUAUUGGGGUGAGAGCCCUAGCUUCCCAUCCCAUGAAAGCCAAUAAGAAAGGCAUGGGGGAAAAGCAUGUUCCCAUAAAUAUUGCUGGGACAAGGAUCUCUGAUGGGGAAUGGCUCUAUGCAGACACUGAUGGAAUUCUGAUCUCUCGAACAGAGCUGUCUGUUUGAUUUAAUUUCAUGUAAGGACUACAUUUAUGUGACAGCACGACCUAGUGUAGUGCUUUUGGUAUCUGUGCUCAUGACCCAGCUCCUGUCUUCCACAAAAUUAUAACCGAUAAAAUCCCCUUGAUAAUGAAAGUUGGUUGGAGUGUUUGUCCAUUUCAUACCAACAUUAUCUCUGUUUUUAA